AUGACACAACCCGCCGCGACCACGAACAUCCUCUCCCUCCCUCCCGAACUUCACGAACACAUCUUCUCCUUCCUCGCCCUCGAUAAGGCCGGCAAGCGCCACAUCUGCCGCGCCUUUUUGCCCUUCACUCGGCGAAAUCUGUUCCGCACGGUCAAUCUCGCGCCGGGACGUGCCAUCGACCGCUUUCACCAUCUUCUGUCUCCUCCGAAGCCCAAGAACGCGCUCCGUCUCGCCAACUCGACAAAGGACGACAAGGCCCUCGGUCUCAUGGUGCGGACGCUUAAGUGCACCCAGCAGCUCGAGUAUGUCGAGUGCCCGCAAGACGACGACUCUGGCAGGACAGUCGCGAUGCGCGAGAUCCUGUCUCUCGUGCGCAAUUGCACCGAGAUGACUCUCAGUGGAUCCGGGCUCCUCCGUGUCUUGCUGCCGUCGAAGCGCGGAGGCGUUUUUCUCCCUCACCUGACGACUCUCCGACUUGUCGAGCUCGACAGCGAAUUCGACGACCUCUUCAACAUGUCGCGUUUGUCCCGCCUCAACCGCUUCCGCUCUUUGCAUCGCCUCGAACUGCAUAUCGAGUCGGAUUGGGAAGACGAGGUCGACAUCGCCAAGCCAGUCAAGGCUCGUCCUCUGCGGUACAUUACGUCUCUCCACCUUGACGCCGGCCCUUCGCUCAAUUCUCCCGCCGCCCGCAACUUCAUCUCGCAUCUCCCGAACCUUGAGCGACUCCGCCUCGAGCUCGAGGACCUGGUCGACCUCGGCUCAUUCCUGCAAGCGUGUCCGACCGAGCACUUGACGGAACUGCAAGUCUACUUCGUCGACUGGUUCGAUAUCGACGGAGACGACUCUUUCUCCCCCAUCGACGCCGAUCUCGCGCGCUUCGCAAACCUCCAGCACCUCGCUCUCGGCCGCGACACCUUGUCGCGAUCCUGCGAGCUCUUCCCCAUCCUCGCCGCCCAUCUUCACAACCUGCGCGCACUCGAGCUUGGCGAAGACUGCGAGCUCGUCGCUGCCAAGCUCAUAGCCUACGUCGCAGCCAGAGGCGGAGGGGUUUCACCCGCGCUCGAACGCGUGAAGGUCGAUGCGUUCGACGCUCGCGCGAGCCCAAUCCCCUCUGAGAUGCCACACAAGCCUGAAGUCCGCGCCGGGACUUUCAAGAUCUCGGAAUGGUGGCAUCUCCCGACUUGGACGAACGACUUUACGCUGGCGGACGCGAAGGAGCUCGUCGCCGUCGGGCAGAAGGUCGGCGUCAAGAUCGAGGGCCGGCUGCUUCAAGCGAUCGAAGUCGAGGCUUUGCGGGAGAGGGAAGAGGAGUACCUCCAGGAGCGCCGCGAGGAAGUCUUGUACUCGCUGCGCGCGUUGUUCGAGGUCGAGGACGAGGACGGCUCGCUCAAGGAGGCUGAGGAGCGCUGGGCUGCGGCAGAGAGGGAGUGGGAGGACCAGCAGGACGAGGUAUUGUACGGUGUGCGUGGGUUGUAUGGCGAGGAGGACGAGUAG